UCGAGCAGCUUAUAAUUAAACCGAAUACAGACCAUGGCAGACGACACCAACGAGGACAGCUGGCUGUAUGGCACCUCCAAUCCGGACUCCACCACCGGCGAUUUGGGCAACGGCGGCGAAUCGCUGACGGCUGAGCACGAGGCUGCAGCGGAGGCUCAAGCUUUGGCCGCCGUUGUGUCCGGUGAGAAGCCUGGCUCUGUAGUAGCACCGGGGGGAGACCUCGCCGAAGGCGACAUUCCCCUCUUUCCGAAAGAAGAGGUCCCCGAAUACCACGAGUUCGAUGACCCGGCUCAAGAAAUGGAGGAGGACGAAGAGGCGCUGCCUGACACCACAGACAGCGGCAGCAGCCGGAGUCGGAGAGAUCGUGACAGGGACCCCGACCGCGACGCCGAUAUGCAUUCCCUUCGUGACCCAGAGGAUGAGGAAAUGACUGAUGGACCAAGUAUGCGUCGUGAGAGAGAGCGGAAUGGUUCAGGAUCAGACGACGACGAUGACGAUGACUCCGACGACGAUAUCAAUGUGGUUAUAGGGGACAUCAAACAGGCGCCCAGCACGUACAACAUAAAGCAACGUCCCAAUUUGCUGGCUGGAGCUAGCGGGGCGGGCGGCGACAAGGCUAAGCCAGCCGCCCAGGCCGGAAAGUUCAGCAUUGAAGAUUUCGAAGGCGCCGGCACCAUCAAUGGCGUGGCGGUGCAUGAGUUUAGCAUCGACUCGCUGGAGGAAAAGCCGUGGCGGAAGCCCGGAGCAGAUAUUACGGAUUACUUCAACUACGGCUUCAACGAAGAGACGUGGCGUGCCUAUUGUGAGCGACAGAAACGCUUCCGUGUGGCGGAGAGCGGCGUUGGACUGGCCAGCCUGACGCAGAAUGUGAACCAGAACGCCCCGAUCGGUAUUUUGUCAGAUGGAGGCAUGUCCAUAGGCCCGCCUGGUAUGCACAACAUCCAGCCGAUGGUGGGUAUGGGCGGCGAAGGCGGUAUGCAGAUGCCUCCGCCAGGAAUGCCUCCUCCAAUGAUGCAGCACCAGUCGCGUUCUGGCAUGGGCCUAAUGCAGCGGCCACCGAGGCCCAUCUCCACCACUGGCGGUGAACGGGGUGGCGAGAGAGGUGGCGGAGGAGUUAAGGAGAACGCCAUUCAGGUGAUGACCGCAGAAUGCAGAGAGUAUUCGCGCGGAGGCCUGGGACCCAUGGCUCCUAACUUCCCACCCCCGGGUGCCUCUGACGAGCCAUUCUUCCACGAACCAGAGCCCUUUGAUUACGGCUACGAGCCGACCCAAGAGUCGCAGUGGGGUGGCGACAACCCCGGUUGGGUACCCAGCGGCAUUAAAGAGCUUACUCCCGGCCAUGCUCACAUGCAACAGCCUCCGCCAGGCAUGCCACCACCAGGUAUGGGUGUUCCCCCGCCACAAAUGGGCGGUCCGCCGCCAAACUUGCGUGGAAUGAUGCCACCAAACAUGCGCAUGCCACCAAAUAUGAAUAUGGGACCGCCGCCAGGAAUGAUGAUGGGCAGUGGGCCUCCACCACAGAUGCGUAUGGGCCUUCCACCCAGGAUGCCUAUGGGUGAUCGUGGGAGCUACGAAGACGAUCGUGAGCGCAGACGGCGCGAAAAGGACAAGCAAUUAAAAAAAGAUCAGCUGCGCAAAGACUUUUUGGACAUGCUGCGUGAGCGUCAUGACAUUGAGCGGCAUACGAGGUGGUACGACAUCAAGAAGAAGUUCGAAUCGGACCCGCGCUACCGAGUUCUGGACUCCUCAUAUCGCGAGGAGUACUUCGAGGACUAUUUGCACAUGCUGAAGGAGGAGAAGCGCAAGGAGCGUGACCUUAAGGAGCGCGAGCGACAUCGCGACAAGGAUCGAUCUCGGGACAAGGAUAAGGAUAAAGAAAAAGAAAAGGAUAAGGAUAAGGACAAAGAGAAGGACAAGGAUAAGGAGAAAGAAAAGGAAAAAGAGAAGGAGAGUUCGCGUCGGGAACGUUCCAGGUCUCGCGAAAAGUCCAGCCGCCGCAAAUCCAAGUCCCGCGAGAAAGACAGAAGUGAAAGGAGCAGUAAAGCCAGCGGUAGCAGCUCCACGAAUUCCGGCUCCUCUAGUCGCAGCGAAAAGAAGAAGUCUCAUCGCAAGGACAAGGAAGAGGAGGAAUAGCAUUUGCUUAGGUACUACUUGGAGGACGAACAAGAAACAACUUCCUGAGCUGCCCACCAUCUAUAAAUCCAUUUCAAAUACAUUAAAAAAAAAAGAAAUACUU